AUGGGGAAGAAGAAGAUGAAGCUCCCUUUUCUCUUCAAGAACAACAGCAUACAAGCAAGGUCGACCUCAUGGCCAUGGCCUCCCUGUCAGCAGACAAGAACCCUUUCUUUCAGAGCUGAUGAAACACCAUUUGAGCCUGUGGAUGAUCCAGUUGAGACCGUGAUUCAAGGUUUAGUAAGGUCGGAGAGGCUGUUUUUCGAUCCGGGAGAGACCAGUUCAAUCCUCGAAGAAGCGAAGACGACCAGUGAUGAUAAUGAUAUUGCACCUUUCAGAAAGAGCGUGGUGAUGUCCAUGGAGUCUCGUGAUCCCUUUGCCGAUUUCAGGAACUCCAUGGGAGAAAUAGUGGAAGCUCAGGGGUUGAAGGAUUGGGAAAAUCUAGAUGAGCUUUUGUGUUGGUAUUUGAAAGCAAAUGCAAAAGACAGCCAUGGCUACAUCGUUGCUGCCUUCGUUGAUUUGCUUGUGGAACUCACCUUGAUUAGUUAUUCCACUGAUAAUAAUUGUGUUCGUUCCCAGUCUCCUUUAUCUUUCUACACUUCAGCGUCAUCGUCUUCCUCUUCGUGUUCAUCAUCAUCUAAUUCUUCAGCUACAACGCCUUGUGUAUCUUCGUUAUCAGAUCAGAAAGAGAUCACUGAAGAUAAUAAAGAUGAUGUGUCUUCUUCAUCUUUAUCACACGGUGUUUGA